UUGUAUUCGAAAGGGGCCCACCAUUUGGGGGAUAGGGCCUGCUCGGUGUCUGUUCGGUUCUCCUGCCGGUCGAGCUCGAGGAGGCAAGAAACAGAGCUACCACCGUGCCGCCCGACCUGGGUCCAAAAUCGCAAAAUCCCGAGCCCAAAAACCUCACUCCGCUUCAUCGACCACACGAUUGGGCUCGGGCGACAGCCCGAGGAAGAAUCCACGGCGAGUGACGGGGACAGAGCAUCUCUGAAACACAGUUGUCCUGCCGGGCGGAGAGCAAGCGAGUUGAGCCCAGCGGCGGACCUCCGGCUGAUAGAGGAGGAAGAAGGGGGAGCG